UCCAGCUCUCCAUCCAGCCUCGCCGCAGUUUACACUCGCCCAUCUUCGAACGGAAUCCUGCACCUCGCAUCCACCAGCGCGGCUGAACGACAUGGAGGAUUCGCAGCCGCCGCCGCCUCUCAAGCGGCUUCCCAGCUUGAAAAUCACCAGCAAGCCGUCGGGUCCCUCUAUCACGACCACUGCCGCUUCUUCGAUUGUCACACCCAACUCGUCAUUUCACCAGCCCGCCUCCCCGGCGCCGCCUACUCCAUCUCAAGGGCCGCCGAAGAUUAAGUUGGUGUCUAAAUCACAGCCGGCGACUUCGGCCGACUUGAAUCCGCCAAACCUCGGGGGUCUACCUGCGGCGACAAUCACGACCAGCGGCGCAGGAGCAGGAGCAGGAGCAGGAGCAGGAGCAGGAGCAGGAGCAGGAGCAGGAGUCCUCAAAAUUUCCAGCGCUAAAACCGUGCGAAUCCCGAAGCCAUCGGCGAAGAAGCGGACGAGGGAUGACAGCGAGGACGAGCUGGAGAACGGCCCUCCGGCUAACGGCGCCGCCGUGGAGCCCCAGCUUAAGAAGACUAAGAUCACACUCAAGCCGCCAACGCCGGCGCUUGUCAGGCAACCGACGCUCAGGCUUAAGUCUGCCGGCCGGAUACCCCACAAGCCGCUCGGCGAGGGUUACGACUCAGAGGCGGAGGAUCGCGAGGAAGAUCCGGUCAUCGAGGAAAACUUCCUGUUCCGCAUGAUGCCGGGCGAGCAUUGCGAAUACCUCCGAAAAUGCGUACAAGAGCGGAAGAUCGGCGUGCCAAAAUCGCAAGGGGGUGCGGAUUUUCAGCUCAAAUGGUUGGACGAGGAAGGUCGCCGGGCCGUGGUGACCGUCCUGGGCCAGAUGUUCGCCGCCGUCCUCCUGGACCUCCCAACCAUCACGGAAGGCAUGAAGACAUGGGAUAAGAAGGCUAUGGUCAAGUCGUCCGACAUCUGCCAGAUGCUUCUGGUGUUCGCUCCUGUCCAGAGCGAGGAGGAGGCAAAGACUGCACCGCUGCCUAAGGCGGUGGAGCACGGCUAUCGGUGGCCUCACGGGAUCACACCUCCCAUGCACGAUGCGAUACACCGCCGGUUCCGCAAGCGUCUAAGCAGGUUGGAAAUUCAAAACAAGGAGGCCGAGGUGGAACGGUUGCUUGCUGCCGACCGCGCAGCGGUGAGCGUCCGGACAGAGUGGAUCGAUAACAGACGGCACGACACGGCCGCGGAGGAGGAAGAAGAGGAGGAUGAGGAGGAUGCCGAGGGAGAGGCGGACGACUACUUUGGCAACGCCGGCUUGGAGCAGCAACUGGAGGAAGAGUUCGAGGUCGACGAUGCGGCCCUCGAGGCCGAGUUCUUGGAAGCAGCAGAGACGCCUGCCAUGGACCUCGCCACCCCCGGAGCCGCGCUCGAUGCUGUCACGCCCGGCACCGCUACCGCCGGCACCCCCCUUCCCCAGGUCGAGGAGGAGGAAGAAGAAGAAGAGGAGCAGGCGGAGGCAGAGGGUGCCGACGAAGAAGAAUCAGACGAAGAUGAAGAAGAGGAAGGAGGCGACGGCGGCGACGAGGGCGAGGACAGUCAUGCUGGCGUGCGCAACCAGAUCGCCAACCUGAGAAAAAGGCUCAAGGAGUACGAGUCUCAGCUUGCCGCGUCUGUCCAGCCCAUCAUGCGGAAGCGCCUGGAAAGCAACAUUCGGAACGUCAAGUCGGAGAUCCUGCUCAAGAUGUCGGUCCUCGGCGAAGUGGAGGAGGAUUAGGCGCCCCGAGUUCCACCCGCUGAGGAGGAGCAGCAGCCAUCCGGAGUGCGAGGGCCCACUUCAAACGGCAGUGAGGGGUUGAUAGGAUAGGGCAUGACGCCAGCUCGGCGUCUGGGAAGCUCAUUACAGAGCCCCAAGUUUGGGCCAGUAACCAAGUAUUGUUGUGUGAG